UAUAAGAUAAAAUCCACCGGCUCUCUCUGCCCUUGUGGUCGCACGCUCUCUUCUCUCUUUCUCUUCCUCGCCAAAUAUCUAAAACCCUAGAAGCCAACAUUCGAGUUUCCAGUUCGAAUCACUCCAUUUUCUCCUUCUUCUUGUAGCUCUCCUCGAUUCUUCUGUAGUUUUUUGCAGUUUGAUCUGUAAGAAACACAUGGCUGAUGUGGAUCAGAGCUAUGUGCAUGUCGAUGAUCAUGAAGUAGAUGAGAAUGAGCAGAUAUAUGAGAAUGUUCAGGUACAGGACACUACACUGGAACAGGAUAAUACACAGGAGCCAGAGAACUUGCACGAACUUCAGAAUGAACACAUACCAGCAACCUUAGAGUCUGAUGAGCCAAAACAAGUGCAUAAUGAGGAUCCUCUGGCUGUAGUAGGUGAGAAGAAGUGGCCCGGAUGGCCAGGAGAGAGUGUUUUUCGAAUGUUGGUUCCCGCACAAAAAGUUGGUAGUAUAAUUGGUCGCAAAGGUGAGUUUAUCAAGAAAAUAGUUGAGGAGACGAGAGCUCGGAUUAAAAUUCUUGACGGUCCUCCAGGAACAGCAGAGAGAGCGGUAAUGGUGUCUGCAAAGGAGGAACCCGAUUCUGCUUUUCCUCCUGCGGUGGAUGGGCUUCUGAGGGUUCAUAAACGCAUUGUUGAUGGUUUGGAGGGCGAUAAUGCUCACACUCCCAACAUGGGUGGUAAAGUCUCAACGAGACUGUUAGUGGCAGCUUCACAAGCAGGAAGUUUAAUUGGGAAGCAAGGAGGGACUGUUAAAUCCAUUCAAGAAGAGUCAAAUUGUAUUGUUAGAGUUCUUGGAACAGAAGACUUGCCUGUUUUUGCUCUCCAAGACGAUAGAGUUGUUGAAGUACUAGGCGAUCCAACAAGUGUGCACAAGGCAGUGGAACUCAUUGCUUCUCAUCUUAGAAAGUUUCUGGUUGACCGAAGUAUUAUCCCAGUUUUUGAAAUGAAUAUGCAGAUGACAAAUCCACAGAUGGAGCACAUGCCGCCACCACAACACCAACCUUGGGGCCCGCCUCAAGGAAUUCCUCCAAAUGCUGGUGGUGGUCCUGGCUUUGGACCAAAUCCUCAAUACAUGCCACCACCUCGUCAAUUCGACAGUUAUUAUCCACCUGCUGAUAUGCCAUCGGUUAUGGAUAAGCAACCCCAUCAUGGAAUUUCUGCUUAUGGAAGGGAAGCUCCUAUGGGUGUUCAUGCAGCAUCAAAUGCACAGUCAGUGCCGUCAAUUGUCACACAGACAACUCAACAAAUGCAGAUUCCAUUAUCUUUUGCUGAUGCUGUUAUUGGAACCGCCGGUGCUAGCAUAAGCUACAUUCGUCGUGCUAGUGGGGCAACUGUUACUAUCCAAGAAACUAGGGGAGUCCCUGGGGAAAUGACGGUAGAAAUGAGUGGAACUGCUUCUCAAGUUCAAGCCGCCCAGCAGCUUAUACAGAACUUUAUGGCCGGUGCUGGAGCUUCAGCCCAGGCUCAAGCUGGGGGUUCGACAGACCAAGGCUACAAUUCUUAUGCUGGACAUGGUUCGGUGUAUGCGUCUCCACCUGCAAACCAGGCCCAUGCUAGUCAUGCUGGAGGGGGCUAUGGCUCUGUGUACGGUACGAACUAUGGGUACUAA